ACGAACUAAAGGAGAGAGAGACAGAGUUUUGUUUAAAACCACUGCUCGACUCAAUGAUUAUUCUUCCAUCACUUGCGAAAGAAAAAGAAAAAAGGGUUAAAGAUGGCUCUCGAAGUCUGCGUGAAAGCCGCUGUUGGUGCCCCUGACGCUCUUGGCGACUGCCCGUUCAGCCAACGGGUCCUUCUAACCCUAGAGGAGAAGAAUCAGCCCUACAAAAUACAUCUCAUUAACCUCUCCGACAAACCUCGGUGGUUCUUAGACAUUAACCCUCAAGGGAAAGUACCAGUCCUUAAGAUGGACGACAAGUGGGUGCCUGAUUCUGACAUCAUCGUCAACAUCCUCGACGACAAGUAUCCUGACCCAUCUCUCAAGACCCCACCUCAGUUUGCCUCUGUUGGAUCCAACAUCUUCAGCACUUUUGUGAGUUUCAUCAAGAGCAAAGACUCCAAUGACGGAACCGAAAAGGCCUUGGUUGAUGAGCUACAAGCUCUGGAAGAUCAUCUCAAGUCUCAUGACGGUCCUUUCAUCGCAGGGGGAAGGGUCACGGCUGUGGAUCUUAGCUUAGCACCCAAGCUUCACUAUCUCGAGGUCGCUCUUGGCCAUUUCAAAACCUGGUCUGUGCCCGGGACCUUACCACAUGUCCGUACUUACAUGAAGGCUUUGUUCUCUCUUGACUCCUUUGAGAAAACAAAGACCGAGGAGAAGUAUGUGAUCUCUGGAUGGGCCCCCAAGGUCAACCCCUGAAAGAACUGUAGCUCCGAAGUCUCUUUAAUAAGAAAAUAAAAAUAAUAAUAAUGUUCUUGGAGCUGGUAUUGAAUCAAUGAAAUGAAAUAUUUUAUAAAA